AUGGCGUCGGAGGAUGUGGUAGGGAAGAGAAGCGAGAGUGCGGUGUCUACUAUCGUAAAUCUGGCGGGAGAAGCAAAGAUUGCUAGUGAAGGAGUCAAGGCUCCUAGUCAUGCCGUACUCAGCAUCUGCAAAUCUCUCUUCGCCGGAGGCGUAGCCGGUGGAGUAUCACGAACUGCUGUGGCUCCAUUAGAACGGUUGAAAAUUUUGCUACAGGUUCAGAAUCCUCAUAAUAUAAAAUACAGUGGAACAGUUCAGGGAUUGAAAUACAUAUGGAGAACUGAGGGGUUUCGAGGGUUGUUCAAAGGCAAUGGCACUAAUUGCGCUCGCAUUGUCCCAAACUCAGCUGUCAAGUUCUUUAGCUAUGAGGAAGCAUCCAAGAGAAUCUUAUGGCUAUACCGGCAGCAACCUGGAAAAGAGGAUGCUGAACUUACUCCGCUUUUACGCCUUGGAGCUGGAGCAUGUGCUGGAAUCAUUGCCAUGUCAGCAACUUACCCAAUGGACAUGGUACGAGGUCGGCUUACUGUACAGACAGAGAAUUCCCCUCGCCAGUAUAGAGGAAUUUUCCAUGCUCUCACAACAGUUUUCCGUGAAGAAGGCCCUCGUGCUUUAUACAAGGGAUGGCUUCCAUCUGUCAUAGGAGUUAUUCCAUAUGUGGGUCUCAACUUUGCUGUAUAUGAAUCUUUAAAAGAUUGGUUGAUCAAAACUAGACCUUUUGGACUAGAUGAAGGUUCGGAGUUGAGUGUGACAACAAAGCUUGCAUGUGGGGCUGCUGCUGGAACCGUUGGCCAGACAGUUGCUUACCCUCUUGAUGUCAUCCGUCGAAGAAUGCAGAUGGUUGGCUGGAAAGACGCUGCUUCAGUUGUUACUGGUGAUGGGAAGAGCAAGGCCCCACUCGAAUAUACUGGUAUGAUUGAUGCAUUCAGAAAAACAGUUCGCCAUGAGGGAUUCGGAGCUUUGUACAAGGGUUUGGUCCCCAAUUCGGUGAAGGUGGUCCCAUCGAUAGCAAUUGCAUUUGUGACAUAUGAGGUGGUAAAAGACAUUCUUGGAGUUGAGAUGAGGAUAUCUGAUUGA